GAUUUCCCUACUUCCGUUAUAGAUAUUUCUGCGAGUGACAGCUGGUUGUCUAUGUCAAUAUCACGAAUAUUCUAAAAUUUUAACACAAACUUUGGAAGAUGGCUUCGUAUCGUAAGAAUGCUCGCAAUGGUUUAUCUCCCAAAAAAGAAACGCAUAAACAAAAUGGAGUUGACACCAACGAAAACUCUGGCAAUAAAGUAAUGAAAAAUUCCCUUUGGAAAAAAUUAGUGGACAUAGACGAGAAAUGCACAGCUAUUUGCGCAGUAUGUGCACACGAGAACUCACCGCUGAGCUUGUUAAGGCCGGUGAUGAAGCUGAUCGAGGUCUCGUGCCACGGGGUUCCCUGGCUCCUUGUCACUACGCUGUUCCUGUUGUCGGUGCAUAAAGCGCACCACGUAGAGAUGCUGGUGAAUCUGUUGUAUGGUCUAAUUCUUGACCUCAUAGUCAUUGGCAUACUGAAGACAGUUUUUAGACGAUCUCGGCCAGCUCACAACAAGAUGGACAUGUUUGCGACCGUUUCCAUUGACAACUAUUCCUUUCCUUCCGGGCAUGCAUCGCGAGCUGGAAUGCUGGCCUGCUUUUUCUUCAUGCGAUACCUGACAUGCCCUACAAAGAGUUUACUGGUUCUCACAUGGUCUCUGAUAGUAACUGCAUCCAGAGUGGCCUUGGGCCGCCAUCAUAUUGUCGAUGUUGUCUGCGGAUAUGGUGUUGGUAUUGCUGAGUAUUUGUUGUUGGUGUACCUAUGGGUACCGGUGGAAACCUGCUUGAGUUGGUUAGAGCUGUAUUUUAGUCACUUUCAUUUAUGAUUUUUAAUUUGAAUGGUCCUCUGGAUUCUCUUGACAUUAUGGAUUGUACAAUUUUUUAACAUUGUUAAAUUUCUAGAUUUUUACAAAAAGUCAAUGUCACAGUCAUGACUUGUGUGUUUUUUUGUUGCCUGCUAAAAGGUAUACUUGCAGUCAUCUGAAUUUGUAGUUUGAUCCAGCAAGCCCAAUUUUCGAUAUUUUUACUUGAUUUCAAGAAAAUGCUUAUAUGAAACUGCAGCAUGUCCAUUUUUUAUUUUGUAAGAAAAUCGUUCUCCUCGUCACUUCAAAUUAAUAUUUUUUUUUAAUUUUAUUUUUUAGUUACAAUGAGGUUAUUGCAAUUUUGAUUGGGUGACAACAAAUCUUUGAAUAACAUUUACUAAAAAUUACAAAUAAAUGUUAGAAUUUUCUUCAAACAUUUGUGAUACAUACCAUUACAGCUGCAGGUAAAAAUCGGCAGAUGAUUGCAAAUGUA